AUGGAAAGGGCGACGACGGGAGAGCAGGACCCUCCGGAAGAAAAGCGCGCAUCGGCGUCGAACAUCCCCAUGCUGGCGUCAGAGGCCCAGGCCCCUGCUGGCGUCGUCACUCCAACGGACGAGGCGGGCAUAGAGGGCAAGACC